CAAACCGUACGGACGAAUCAAAGACUUUGGAGAGAGAGGCAGAGAAGAAGAAGGAGGGAAGAGAGAGAGAGAGAGAAAGAGAGAGGGAAGGGGUAGGAGCAGAGGGUGUUGUGGAGGCAUGGACUGUAACUGCGUCAGUGACCUUCUGCUCCCGCCGGUGCCCGCCCUCUGGACGCCAGGGUUCGCCUUCCCAGACUGGGCCUACAAGCCCGAGUCGAGCCCCGGCUCUAGACAGAUCCAGCUGUGGCACUUCAUCCUGGAGCUGCUGCAGAAGGAGGAGUAUCAGGGGGUGAUCGCGUGGCAAGGAGAUUACGGGGAAUUUGUUAUCAAGGACCCCGAUGAAGUGGCCCGGCUGUGGGGGAUACGGAAAUGCAAACCUCACAUGAACUACGACAAGCUGAGCAGGGCGCUGAGGUAUUACUACAACAAGCGUAUUUUGCACAAAACCAAAGGGAAGCGUUUCACCUACAAGUUUAACUUCAGUAAGGUCGUUUUGGUGAACUACCCCAUCCUGGACAUGGCCAACUCUCCCUUUUUUCUGGCCCAGAACCACUUCAAUGGGGGCUCCGCCACACCAGACUGCAGCCCAGAGGCCAUACAGUCCCUGUUUCCUCGUUUGCCAGACACCGGUAGAGGAACAUCUCUGUUUGAUCGAGGGACCGCAGCACCGGGACCUGAAGGAGACAAACUGAGGCUGGACGCAUUCCCUUUUCUCAGUUCAGGUGCGCCGUGCUACUCCAAACCUCCGUCCCUGCUGGGCCCGUACCCUCGCAACCCACCCUUUGACUACCCCUGGGGCUUCAACCCCUACCUCCCAGGGGCCUUCUCUCUCAAUAACUGCCCCAAACUACCCCCUGGCUCUCUUUACCCCUCCCAGUUUUACCCCAACCCUUUGCAGAGCAGCCUUUCCCAGCUGCCUCACCCAUUCUCCUCCCCUCCCCCAGGGGAGGCAGGCGGGGGCGAGAGGGGAGCAGCGGGGCAAACUGGUGGGACAAACGGCACGGCAGGUGGUCAGCCAGCCAGGAUCUGCCUGCCACCCUACCCAGGCAGCCUGUCGCUGGGUCGGACAGAGAUCGGCAACGGGGCGGCGUUGGGGGAAAGGGAGAGGGUGGAGGCCAAUCCUCCGGGCACGGGGCUGAGUCUGGGGCUGGGAGCAGUCAGCCUCGGUGCCGGGACCGGGACAGGCCAGCAGAGUCCCACAGAGAGGAGAGGAGGGGUGAAGCAGGACCCAGAGUCAGACUCGGACCUGGAGAUAACAGAUCUGAGCGACUGCAGCUCAGACAACGAAAACGAUCACGAGUUUGGCAUCGGGAAGGAAUCCGGCCUGGCGAACCGACCGCAGCUCGUGCUGGAUGGAAAGAAAGGGAGCGUGCUGCCACCCAUCUCCUCUCUCCCCCCACCAGUGUCCCCUCACCCUCUGAAGAGCCUGAUGCCCAUCACCCCUCCUCCCCCAUCCCUGCCUCCGUCGCUUUCUCCCUCCAUGGCUCUGCAUGAAAGACACAGGGAGACAGAGACCCUUAAAAUGAUACACAGUUAAGACAUUUUCUGAUGCAUCCACCAUCUUGCCAGUCUACGCUCUGAUAACUCUCUUCUUCUCUCCUUUCAUUUUGCCAAGACAGUUUUUCUGCUUUGAAUGAUCAGAUAUUCUAUCACUCUUGAUAAAUACCUUUUCCAGAAAAGGCAGUUAAGUUCUUUACUUCUGGAACUAGUGUUUCCCUCUUUGCUGCGUAAGUUUGCAACUUGCCUGCAGUCCAUUAUACGACUGACUUGUCCAUCUCAGAAUACAUGGGGCGUACAGUUUUUAGGGUGCCGGCUGUCUGUAUCACCAUCUUGUCCUUUCUGUUUUGAUCUCUCACACCGAAUGUUCACUCCAUGCUUUGUAGACUUGUUUUACACGUUGCCAGCAGUACUCCACAAUUUGCUGUCUGCAGCUGAGCUAUGAAAGAAGGCAGCGAGGUGGUAAAUUACAACACAGCAAUCCCUGCCCUGACCAACAUUAACAAACAACAUCCCUAUACUAACACAACAGAACAACAAAUAAUGCUCAGAUCGAUCCAAUUUUACAGAUUUGUCCUGUAAUUCUUGAGAUUUCGACAAUAUAUGUAAUCACCAUGACUGUUGAAACCUAGUCAAAUACUGCCACCUUGUGGUCAUUUCUGUCAACGUCUCCUUCAAAGAAAGCCUCUCAUCUCUGCUGUCCUUGGAGUGAAAUCGUUGCCCCUAAGUUCAAUUUGCGCUUUAAAAAAAAUCUCUAUAUUGUUUCUUGUGGGUUAAUUUAAAUGCUAACAAUCCAUAUUUUUAAUAGUGUUAACUGUGACAGUCUGUGAAGAUUUCUUUUGUCCAGAGAUUUCCUGCACAUUUUCUAUUAGGAAAGAAAAAGAGAGCAGAGGGAGCUGGACCAAUCUAGAAUUUGUAUGAAUAUUUCUCUGUAUAUAUUUUAAUAUGGUGUACAUGACAUUUAAUUAUUAUUCACUAUGAUAAGAUUUAGCUGUAUUGUUGUGAUUUAAUUCAAUAUUUAAACAUGUUGGAAAAAUAUAAGCAUAGGUGUAUCAAAGUUUAAAUUAUUAAUGGCAGAAGAUCUGCACUCUGAAGAUGUUUUCUAUGAUGAGGACAGAGUUCACACUGGGAGCCGUCUCUGAUUUCCUCAACCCCAGUUAAUUGUGCCCCUUGGUCAUUUUUGCCAGAUGCCCAGUGUACAAACCCUUUGGGUUCAAAAUCAUGCCGGUGGACUUAUUUUUCUAGUUAGCAUUCACCCAGUGUAACUGUACUGUAAUUAGUCAAAUGUGAAUAAUAUUGGUCUUUGCAUUUUCUUUUUUUAAAUCCUGCCCCCAAAAUCUGUUUUGAUUAUUUUUCAAUCAAUGCUUUUUGUCUAUGCCAGCAGCAGGGCAAUUUGGUUUGCUUGAGGACAUUAAUCAGUGGGAAAAAUAUUUACAAAAGCUGUUUGUCUUUGCUCUCCCCAGAUCUAAUGACCAACAUCCUUUCUACAGACCGGUUUUUGAGCACCAAGCGGACACGAAACCAUACUGUACAGUUUCAUAGCCUUUAUAGCCUAUGGUUUGUCAAACAGUGGCGGUAUAAGAUUAGUUGUGAAAGCUCUAUUGUAAAGUUAAUGUAAAGCUCUAUGUUUGUUGAGUUGCUACAGGAAAGGCCUCCAGUCACAUCCCCCUGGAGUAUAACAGCUGUAAAUACUGUUUCCUUUGUGUGUGUAUGUGUGUGUACACAUCCAGCAAUGACAAUGCAGUGGUUUUACCUGUCAUCUUUCUUUGUUUUACUGUAAAGAGGAAAAAUGGAAAGUGCAAAAAGAAGAAAAAGAUUAAUAUCUUCAAAAGCAAUAAAUAUUAUUCUGGAUAGUG